CGGUCCAGAGGGGCAGAAUGCCACCCACACAGCCAACUCACGGUCAGUUCGCCUUGACAAACGGGGACCCUCUCAACUGCCAUUCCUACCUAUCCGGAUAUAUCUCCCUUCUUCUGAGAGCAGAGCCCUACCCCACCUCCCGCUUUGGCAGUCAGUGCAUGCAACCCAACAACAUCAUGGGCAUCGAGAACAUUUGCGAACUGGCAGCUCGGAUGCUCUUCAGCGCGGUGGAGUGGGCCAGGAAUAUCCCCUUCUUCCCAGACCUGCAGAUCACAGACCAGGUGGCCCUGCUCAGGCUGACCUGGAGCGAGUUGUUCGUGCUCAACGCCGCCCAGUGCUCCAUGCCCCUCCACGUAGCCCCGCUGCUGGCAGCCGCCGGCCUCCACGCUUCGCCAAUGUCUGCUGACCGAGUGGUCGCCUUUAUGGACCACAUACGAAUCUUCCAAGAGCAAGUAGAAAAACUGAAAGCGUUGCAUGUCGACUCCGCAGAAUAUAGCUGUCUAAAGGCCAUAGUCCUCUUCACCUCAGAUGCCUGUGGUCUCUCUGAUGUAGCCCAUGUUGAAAGUUUACAGGAGAAGUCACAGUGUGCUUUGGAAGAGUAUGUUAGGAGCCAGUAUCCCAACCAGCCAACACGAUUCGGGAAGCUAUUACUACGUCUCCCCUCCCUUCGCACUGUCUCCUCUUCUGUCAUAGAGCAAUUGUUUUUCGUCCGUUUGGUAGGUAAAACCCCCAUAGAAACCCUAAUCAGGGAUAUGUUACUGUCUGGCAGCAGUUUUAACUGGCCUUACAUGUCCAUUCAAUAAAAUAUGAGAGAGAGAGAGAGAGAGAGAGAGAGAGAAAAUAAAAAUAAAAUAAAAAUAAAAAUUGAGAAGGGAGAUGAGAGUGAAAGGAAAGCAAAUGACAUUUGGGUUCUGGUUGUUUCCUAAAUUUCCUUCUGCUAAGAAAGGAUGUAAAAGGAUGAUACAAAGUUUGCUAAGUGAAGACAGGAAAAAAAAAAAUUAAUGGACUGUGAAUUAAAAAAGAGACUGUCACGUGAACUUUUACAGAAUGCAUUCAAAACUCCCGUGUCGCUCCGAAAAUAAAACUUGCUACUUAUCAUUUUUUUGUAAAAAAUUAAAAAAAAAUUUAAAAAAAGAGAGAAAAAAGAAAGAAAGAAAAAAAAAAGAGAAAGAAGAAGAAAGGAGACGGCGGUGGGCUUUUUCUUUUUUUCUUUUUUCUUCUUUUUUUUUUUUUCCUUUUCUUUUUUGGGGGUCAACUUUUUAAACAAUUCUCGCUUAAAGUGCAUUUAAAGGAAAUUUGGAGAAAAUUAGCAGAAUGGAAGAAAGUAAGUCUUUUUUUUCCAAAUUAUUAAUUGUCCUAUGUGUCUAUGUACCUAUAGCUGUUCUUUUUUGUAUUUUUCUGGUUUCAAACCAGUUUAUUCUGUGGUUCUAUAAUAAUUUUUGAUAUAAUCUUGGCUUCUUUAAAAAACAAAAAAAAAAGACAAAAAAAAAAAAAACAACUGUGUAUCCUUAAAAUAUAUGUUCUGAAAGAAUUAAAACUGAGUCCACGAACGUAUCGUAUAGGAAGAAAGGAAAAGAGAGAGAGAGAGAGAGAGAAACACAAACUCAACAACACGAUGAUGGAAGCGCACUUAAGGUGGUGACCCAAAAUCUAAGCUUGAAGCUGAGAGAGCUAUAAUUAUAUAGACCCGAAUGAACCACACGUGUCAUACAACUCCCCCCAAAUCUAGGUUUUUUGGUAUUUCGGACAGAAAAUGAACUGUGGGGAUUUAUUCUAGGUAGAAGGAACUGUGUCCAAGACACACUACGGUUUUGAUUUAAAAGCAAACAAACAAGCGAAGUGAACUUUUGUAAUUUGAAUUGGGUUCCACAUAGUUCAUCAUGAAUUGUUAUUAAACUCCUCUAUCUGUUUGUAUAUUUGCAAGCCCUUUGUAUUAUAAUAAUUGUUGAUAUUUUCCCUUUUUAAAAAAUACCAUUGAAAUCAGCAUGACAAAAUAACACUGUUGGCACUUAUAGAUAACGUGAUUGAUUCAGUAUCUUAGAGUUUACAGUUUUGUGUUUAAAAAAAAAAAACUGAAGGUUUUUUUUUGUUUUUUUUUUGUUUUUUUUUUUGUUUUGUUUUUUAAGUGCAACAUUUCUGUAUACUGUAAAAGUUAUAAUAACUGAACUGUUUGGUCGAGUCUUUGUGUGUUAUAUUCCAAGGAAAAUUGAAAGUAUUCAGAAAUUAAAAUAUUAUUUGAUAUCUGAAACCUGUUUGGCUGUCAUAAAUGUCUUUCAGAAACCGCAUUACUUCUCUAUAGUUUGCAGUCAUUUAGGCCCAUAGGCGAUUGAUUUGUUUACUUGUCACAGUAAGUUUGUAGCAGAUGUAUUGUAGUGUAUUUACCUGUUUAAUUCCGGGCUGGGGGCGGAGGACUGAAGUUCGUGGUUGAUCUGUGGUUUUAGGAAGCACCAUGCUGAAACGGUAAACCAGCAACCCCCAUUCAUCUAAUCCUCCUGUUAAUUAAAAAUGGAUUUUCUGGAAGGAAAAAAAAAAAAAA